UGGGGAUAAACACUUACCAAGUCUACCGGAAGUGAGUGAACUACGGUGUUUACAAACAUUCAGGCGUACAGUUACUGGAUAGACUGGAAAGUUGUUGCCGAACAACAACGUACCUUUGACCAGUCAGAUUUCUUAGAUGAACGCCAGAGACCCAGGAGGUGGGGAUGUUGAGACCUCGGUAAUUACCAGCGUGCUAUAGAACGUGUUUAGGUCACUAACGUUACCGUUAAGAUGCCGGUGGUCAAGGUCAAAGAUGACCACGGGAAAACAAUGACCUUGCGAGAGGUGGACGGGUUUUACCUGCCUGUGAUCCGAGUACCCUAUGACCAGGAAAAGGAGUUCCGGGACAGGACGGACUGGACCGCUAGAUCAGAUGAUGUACUUAUAUGUGCUUACCCAAAGUCUGGGACCCACUGGGUGUGGGAGAUAACGUGUAUGCUAUUGAAUGGAAACGCCGAAAGGAUCAAUCUAAUGAAAGAAAUGGCCAUGUUAGAAUGUUUAUCCCGGUCAGCACUUGAUUCCAUGACGUCACCAAGAGUGCUGAACACUCACAUGUACUACGGACAGAUACCCGAGGACUUUAAACGGAAACAGUGUAAAAUUGUGUAUAUACUGAGGAACCCUAGGGACGUGGCUGUCUCCUUCUUUAACCACCAUACUCGUCUGCUGGACUAUGAGUACAGCGGGGAUUGGCAGCAAUACCUACCUCGGUUCAUUGAGGGCAAAGUUGACUACGGUUCCUGGUUUGACUAUGUAGUGGACUGGGAGGCGUCUAUGAACAGAAACCAGCAGAAUCCAGCACAUGUUGUCACUUAUGAGGACCUCCAGAAGGACAGUGUGAACGAGGUAAGCAGACUUGCAUCAUUCUUAAAGACUGAAGGCACGGAGACAUUGUACAAAGAGAUCGCCAAACAAUGCAACUUCCAGAAGAUGAAGAAGGAGAAGGACCCUUUGGAGGAUACAGCAGAAUGGAAAGACGACAAACCGGGCAUGUAUAGGAAAGGUAUUGUUGGAGACUGGAAAAACUGGUUUACUGUAGCCCAGAGUGAAGUGUUUAACGCUGUAUACAAAGAGAGACUGGCGAGCGUCACACUCCCUGUGCCUUAUACCAUAUAGACCCUCCAGCCUGGUCACAGCACAUCAGAGUAUACAGUUGGACGAGGAUACUACAUCGACUGUUUCUAUAAGCUUUAACAAAGAACAACGAAGUGAACGAGGAUGAGGUGUAUAGGCUCUCUAAUAAGGACAUUGUUUUUUUAAUUAAAAUUAUCUUUGAAAAACCAUUGGAGGAUUGAUUGUAGUUUCUAGUGUUUUCUCAGAAAUAAUUAUAUGUAUAAAUGUUGAAAGGCAUCUCACUUUUUCAUUAUCAAGAAUUAUUUAAAUGUAUGUGUACUUUGUAAAUAUGGUUUUAAUGCCUUUUUAAUAUUAUAAUAGAAUACAUUGAUUUUAUACAUGCAUUUGUAAUAAUAACUAUUUUAGGGAAAAUGUAAAACUGUAAAUGGGAUGUAUAUAAUCCAAUUUCUGCAUAUAACCGUGACAACAUACAUUGUAUAUCCAAGGCGAUAAACACGAUUAAUUUAAUUCUGCCGUUUCUAUAAUUUAUCGUAUGUACAAUU